AUGAAGGCCCUUAUUCUUGUCGGCGGCUUUGGCACUCGCCUACGACCUCUGACCUUGACCCUGCCGAAGCCAUUGGUCGAGUUUGCCAACAAGCCCAUGAUCCUGCACCAGAUCGAGGCCCUCGCCGAAGCUGGUGUCACCGAUGUCGUCCUUGCUGUCAACUACCGCCCUGAGAUUAUGGAGAAGGCAUUGGGAGAGUAUGCCAAGAAAUUCGGCAUCAACAUCGAGUUUUCUAUCGAGACUGAGCCCCUGGGCACCGCCGGCCCCCUGAAGCUCGCCGAGAAGAUCCUGGCCAAGGACGACAGCCCCUUCUUCGUCCUCAACUCCGACGUCAUCUGCGACUAUCCCUUCAAGGAGCUCGCUGCCUUCCACAAGGCGCACGGUGACGAGGGCACAAUCGUCGUCACCAAGGUCGAGGAGCCCUCCAAGUAUGGUGUGAUUGUCCACAAGCCAAACCACCCCUCCCGCAUCGACCGCUUCGUCGAGAAGCCCGUCGAGUUCGUCGGCAACCGCAUCAACGCUGGUAUCUACAUCCUGAACGUGUCUGUGCUGGACCGCAUUGAGCUGCGCCCCACCUCCAUCGAGCAGGAGACCUUCCCCGCCAUCGUCAAGGACGGCGGGCUGCACUCCUUUGACCUGGAGAGCUACUGGAUGGACGUUGGCCAGCCCAAGGACUUCCUGUCCGGCACUUGCCUGUACCUGACCUCCCUGACCCGCAAGGGAUCCAAGGCGCUCUGCAAGCCUUCAGAGCCCUACGUCCAUGGCGGCAACGUUCUGAUUGACCCCUCCGCCAAGAUCGGCAAGAACUGCAGAAUAGGCCCCAACGUGACCAUCGGCCCCAAUGUCGUUGUCGGUGACGGUGUUCGUCUGCAGCGCUGCGUCCUGCUGUCGGGCUCCAAGGUCAAGGAUCACGCCUGGGUUAAGAGCACCAUUGUGGGCUGGAACAGCACCGUCGGCAAGUGGGCGCGUCUCGAGAACGUGUCUGUCCUCGGCGACGACGUCACAAUCGGCGAUGAGAUCUAUGUCAACGGCGGAAGCAUUCUGCCGCACAAGUCCAUCAAGGCCAACGUCGACGUCCCCGCCAUCAUCAUGUAA